CGAAAUGCCGGAUCUCUACCGUCGUUCUCCUGGUUACCGACUCGCGGACGGCGAAGUUCCCAUCCGGGACGAUCUUCUCACAGAAGGGUGGUACGACAUCGGCCGAGCAAGCUCACUUGGUUUUCAGGCUGAUCUUAUCUCCGGAUUUUGUGGAUCGAUUUAUCCCAUGGUCCUAAAAGAUGCACUGACAACGACGGAAAACAAUUUACUAGCUGCCGGUAAUGAAUUGACAAAGACAAUGCAUGUCAACGGCCAGGCAUCUGUGACGGGUAUUCAAGUUAAAAUUCGGACGUGUGAGGACCGAACACAUGUUUACUUUAAAAAAGCACCAAUCGCUUUUGCGGCGUACUGUGUUGACACUGGACGCUCUUCGCAUGCGGCCGGUCUUUCAUCCGAGAAAUGGGCCAAGGUAAGACAAGAUUUGAUGUUCAAGGACGAGCACGACGUCAUCAUGGGCACCUUAAUUCGCAAACCGUACGUGGAUUUCAACUGCUUAGUGUUCGAUGAACGCCACCCGUACUUUUGCGCCGCUGGCAGUUGUUACGGAGAUUAUUAUCGGAAUGAUGGUGUCCACUUUACCAUAAACUGGUAUGUUGCCGGCAAACACUGUAAACGAUACGGACCUUACCAACGCUCAUUGCUUUAUAAAACGCAUAUGACGGAAAUGCAAGUGGCACACGAAUGUGGCCAACAAACUGCAGGUUUUGAGAUUCAGUGCUCCAUCGAAUGGUCAGAAUCACUCUUUGGAAAGCGGGCAACUCCCAUUUUCAGCGAAUCAGUCUACAUCGGCCUUUAUUCCUGGAUCACAACACUUACUCUUGACGAGGGUGCAUUCCUCAUACCUUGGAUGACAGACACCCCAAUGGGGUGUCAGACAAAAGUGGACAAUUACAACGGUGAUCACAACUGCACGAUAGAAUGGGACUUGGAAACCGGUGGAGUUUGUCCAACACCUAAAACUACGAUUGAUCAUGAUCUUUGCGGAAUGCUCGCAAAUUCUUCGACAGUAGACACAUAUAGUUACAAUGAUGAAACUAACAGGAAAUACGCAAAACAUUUUGGUUGGACUAAUGGCAUUGAAGCAAGCGGUGCAUGGUUCAUGAAAAAUAAUACAUACGGAUUAAAGGUUCUUUUAGAACGAGACGAAGUUCCCGACACCAACAAGAUUUUCAAAGCCUCAUUCACAGCAGCGCGAACGGACCAUAGCAUUUGGAAUGGCUAUAAAAUGCCAGACUUAAAGCUCAUAUUCGUCGACGAAGAAAAAGCAACGACACAGAGCCGUCUAGUUUUAACAUGGGACAGCGGACCAUUACUUGAGAAAAUAAAUGAAUGGAAUGAAACAACUAUUCUUAUGUUGGACACAAUAGGGGAGUUUCUGCUUUUGAAAGGAAAUAUGUAUAUUGUCGAGAUACAAAUCAAAACCGAAACAUGUGGACUCUCGGGCGGGAAUGUCUGUGUUUGCGCUAUUACCUUCCGAAACGGCAACGAGAUAUACACUGUCGAUAUCUGCAACUCCGUCAAACGAGAAGGCUUUAUCUACGUUGGAGAACGCGAGGACGGGAAACUCGAUUUGCUUUACUCCUUCCGAUAUGACAUCACUCCGUUCAGGAACCAUUAUGUGGUGUUAACGAAUGGAUUAGCUAUAGUUAUUGACAAACAUCAUCGCAGCAGAUCGUUACAAAUGACGUUAAUAAAUGCUGGCCAAAUAAAGCCAUUUGAUGAUUUUGCUGGAAUAGCCGCUUUUAAGUUCAAACAGUAUCGCCAUCGCAGUGGAGUGUUUAAGUCUACCAGUCUUGGAUUUAUUGAAAAUUGGAGAGUCGCAGCGUCUGACAGUUUGUUGAAUACAUCUAAUCAUCACAGCGUGAAUUUUGAUGAAACCUACUUUAAAUGCCAUUGCCCCAGCGAUACUGAGCUAAGAAAGGGAUAUGAUAUCAAGGAUAGUUCAACGGGCGUUGAAGAAGCAGCUGGCAGUAGUACAAUUCAUGUGAACACAUUCACGGGGACACUUAAAUGUUCGCGGGACUCAGAAUGUACCAUAGCACACGCCGGAAAAACAAUGUGGAAACCAAUCGUGAUGCCAGCCUUUGUUGAGGUUUCCAAUGUUACCUUAACAUACCAGGACGGUAUUGUAUGUUCCUUUAACCCUGUUCCUGGGAAGCGUCAUAAAGUGGAAUGGGUAUCCGGUAACAAUGGAGAAAUCUCUUUGAAAAAUCACUCAUUGUCAAGUGAUUUGACCGUUUUCCAGUAUGACAUACUGUCAAGUUUGUUUGCCAGCUCCGGAGAUACGUGCAAACUUGAUAAGAUACGUUGCGCGAUUACUGUGUAUGAAAAAAAUGGGGUCACAGUGUCUGGCCCUUCGUACUUCAGCAAAGCGUUCGAUCUGAACAAGGAUCUCAUUGGGAGGUUACCGUCUUUCUGCGUCAUCCGUGGAUAUUGUUUCUCGGAAUAUGAUGCCAAUCCGAAGAAACCAGACUUUUUUUGCUACCCUCACAUAGACCCAUACCACUGGAUCAAAAAUCUUUCUCUCCCUCGAGCCCCAGGCGAUAUUUGUGUGCGAGGUUCAUCCGAAUGUGACACUGUCCCUGGAGGAGCCUUCUGCAGUUACGAGACGGGCACGUGCCAGUGUUAUCCUACCCAUAGUUCUUCCGGCACAGAAUGCUCACCUACGUCGUGCUGGUAUGAUUUGAUGUGCUCUUCUUACCUGCCUGGUGGAAGUGGAAAUAUUGUUUGUCUCAACAACAUUUGCGCAUGCGCUGCAACCGCCGACAUAUCUCCUAACGGUUGCAAAACUAAAGAGCUUGGAAGUAAGUGCACCGACAGUUCUGAUUGUGGGCCGAUCAAAGAUGCGAUUUGCUCCGAGCAGGAACCUCGGACAUGUUCAUGCGGCAAUCACUACCAGGACAUUGCUGGGCAUUGCUAUCCCACAGGACUCGGGGACACCUGCGAGGACGACACAAUCUGCAAAUACGUUCCUCAUUCGGCAUGCUACGCACUGGCAGGUGCAGAUGAGUACACAUGUCAUUGCGACUUUGGCUACUCGCCGGAUGAAUAUGGAGAAUGCCACGAAAAUGGAGAUCUCAACAUCCCUGACCCCUACUACGGCUCCUCCUCCUCUUGGUGCUAUGAUGACGACGAGUGCACGUCCAAGUCGAUGUGGUGGACCGUCUGUGACCGUACAGCAUACUGGCGUUGUGUGCGACGAACAUGUGAUGCCAACGACACUGAAGCACACGCCUCCUGCAUGUCAUCGCUCUUGAGAUGCAACAAACAGAGUGGUUUCUGCGAACCUGCUAUGUGCUCGGCCCGUGACACGCGCUAUUGUGUCCUUGAGAACACUGAAUGCAACACUGAACGAGGAUAUUGCGACUGUAUAGACGGCUAUACCAUGUGGAAUGGGGAUUGCUCGCCUGUGUUGGGGCGUGCAUGUGAAAUAACCGAAGACUGUCACUCGAAGAAAGGCAGAUACGAAUGUGUUCAAAACCAAUGCGUAUGUAAUCAGGACAUGUGGGUAGCGGAAAACGGGCUUUGCGUCUCUUAUGUGGACAAACACUGUAACACAUCUAACCCAUGUGGCAAAGAGUCCAAUACUACUUGCAACACAGCUGGGCUGUGCGAGUGUCAACCUGGCUUUGUUGUGCGCGGCAGCCAAUGUGUGUCGGCGUACCUUUCCGGUUGCAACAACGAUCUCGACUGCGCAGCUAUUGCCGGCUUAGAUUGCGGCUACUGGGCGUAUUACGACGGAAUGUGGUUCAGUAACUGGGGAAACGCUGAAUAUUCCGGCAUAUGCGUGUGCAAGCCGGGAUAUGCGGUCCAGAAUCUGGCAUGCACUAAAGUGCUCGGUUCCAACUGCGACAACUUAAAAGCCUGUGGAAACUCAAGUCACUGGAGCUACAGCUAUCACUACUUCUCAGGGUGGGGACCAUGGUACAUCAAACAUUACUACAGUCACUAUCACAGCGCAUUCUUCUGUGAUGUCGACAAUCAGUGCGAGUGUUCCACUGGGUACGAGAAGAACGCCGAUGGAACUGAUUGCAUACGAGUCUACCAGAGCAGUUGCAUCAAUGACAACGACUGCCAUGGCGCCAUGUUCAAGUGCGACAGGUCAUAUGGGUCCUACGGACAAUGUGAAUGCGCAAACAACUAUACCGCUGUCACAAGCAUCCCGAACGGCAAUUACUAUUAUUACUACUACAGCUGGUAUUUUCGUGAGGAGAUUGUGUGCAAACCUUACAUUGGUCUGUCCUGUUCGCGGUACUCAUGCUCUGUUCCUGGAGCCAGUUGUGACGACCAAAACGUGUGUCAAUGUUAUCGUGGAUACGAAAAGAACGGAGCAUGUGUAAACUUCAUCGGAUCCGAAUGUGAAACGGACACACCAUGUCAGCAUGUAGCGAACGCCAAGUGUAACGCCUCUUCUCGUGUCUGCUCAUGCAUCGACGGUUACUAUGACAACGGAAUGGAUGAAUGCUCUUCAGUCAAUGGACGAACGUGUUCAGUCGAUAUUGACUGUGUUCAAGAUGGCAUGAUAUGUGACAGUGGAUUCUGCAAAUGUGCAUCAGACAGACUGUUGGUCAAUGGUCGUUGCACAGCAGAAACAGGCACUACCUGCCACAAUAAUUUCCCUGCCCUGCCUGAUAUUGUCCGUCGGUCUCCGAGUUACAUCCUAUCCGAGCGUGAACUGGCUAUCAGAGACGAUACACUGUCAGAGGGCUGGUACAACAUCGGCCAUUACAUGCUUUCCACGCAGUCCAGCAUCCCCGUAGGAGGGUGUGGAACUAGGUGGCCCAUGUAUAUGACAUCCCCAGUUACAUCUCUUGCUGAUGGAAGCGAGGUCACACGAAAUGUCCGACUUGUCAGCAGGAGCGGUAUACCUGACGAUUUUCCGGUCCGCAUUCGCAAGUGUGGGGCGGAGCAUCAAGUCUAUGUACAACAGGCGACCGUUGUUUUCGCGGCUCUUUGUGUUGACACCGGAAUUUCUUCAAACACGGGACGCAAUUCUACCGGCCGAUGGGCAAAGUUGAUUCAGGAGCUGGAUUUCGUCAGUGGGAUACCGGAAAUUACGUUUAUAUGCCAGGUGCUUGAUGACGAACACGAGUUCUAUCCAUGCCGAAACUGCGCCGACGGUUACUACUAUAUAAAUGACGACUAUUAUUAUACCGUUAAUUGGUACGUCAAUGAGAAGUUGUGUACGUCCCUCGGCCCUUUCCAGAGGCACGAUCUACGGCAGUCACAUCUUACUGAACAAAUGUUGAGAGACAGGUGCCAACAGGCGACAUUAGGGUUCAGUGUACAAUGUUCCUAUGCAUGGUCUAUGACGCCAUUUGGACAUCAUUCUACACCUGUCACCAGCAAUAAGGAGGUCACAGGUCUCCCAGCGAAUUUCCUUAGCAUUUCUCUGAAUGGAUCAAGCCAAAUAUUUGUAUCCCCUACUCCGCUAGGGUGCGAUGCUUGGGUUAGUACUGACCCUUAUGGGUUAACUUGUGAGAUAGAAUGGCAUCUCAAACGAACCCACAGUGACUCAUGCCCUCCGAUAACGACAACAUCUGACCAUACCAUGUGCGGGGCCCGUCUUCUUGGCUUAACUCAAACGGGCCUCAAUCACUAUGGAUCUUGGUCACAAUUUUAUCAGCAAUUGCGAGCGGGUGGAAGAUGGCACCCCUAUGGAGGAAACUUACUUAAAAUCCAUCAUGGACGAUUGGUUUCCAUUGACACGCACCAGAUUGGGGAACGCUACACCGAACAGUAUUGUCCGACAACAACGGUGCGGAACAGCAUAUGGCAAAACUACACUCUUCCCGAACAAAAGAUUAUCAUCGGAGAAGACAAUUCAACACACGCUGUAUGUUCUGUUAGAUGGAGCAAAGACGACAAACAACCGAUGUUGACAAAGAAGAAAGGAAAACAGUCUUGGAGCAUUCCUAUUGACGUUGUAGGCGAUUUCCUGUUGUUACGAAGCCUAGCAUAUCCUGUGGAGGUUCAAAUAAAAACAGAACCUUGCGAAUCUUCCGAUACCGUCUGUGUAUGCGCCCUGACCUUCCAAGACGGCAACAAAGUCUACACCGUAGGUAUCUGUGACGGCAUAUCUACAGAAGGGUUCUUAUGGGCAGCAGCCGACGAGGAGCGCACUUUGAGAUACACCGAAUCUGGAUCAAUCCGCGUUCUCAACGGUAUGGUCGAGUCAGUGACCAAGGAUUAUUCUCUACACACACUGCUGAUAGAGAUAUCGGAAUCUGGAAGCAUGGAAGACUUUACAAUGCUGGACGGCCUAUGUGCUUUCGAGGACAACACGUUCAGGGCCAGCACUGGAGGUCUCAUGCUCAGCAGUGAUGGAUUCCUGGAAAGCUGGAGCAUUCCAACAUCUGGACCUAGUUUGCUAACCCCGUCUGUAGCCUACACAAAGUAUGCAUACACUGAGACCCUAUACAGUUGUGGAUGCCCGCUCGACUCGGAAGGACUUUAUGAUGCCAGCAACGCUAAUAUCGAAUAUUCAGGUGUCACAAAGUGCUCCAAACAAGACGCCUAUAACGUAACACAUGACGGCAAACCAUGGACUGGAACAAUAGUGCCAGACUUUGCUAUCGAGAACGUUACUCUAAGUUUCCAAUUUGUAAAGACAUCUGGUGGCAAAAAUAUAUACAAACGGAUGGCAUUUUGUCAUUUCGAUGGCUUUAACGGAUACCUCUAUGACAUUGCAUGGUACGCUGGUGAACAAUUGCUUCACAAAAAGUCCCGACAAUCUUUAACAACCAAUGAUUUCAAUGCCAUUGACAUGGAAACUAUUAUGUCUGCCUACAACAAAGGUAGUCAUGGAGUUUGUGCUAUCAACAAGCUGUGGCGAUGCGCAGUGACUGUACUUAGCACUAAGGGAGACGCACUUAUGCCAGCAUCCUUUAGCGAACCGUUUGAAUUUAUAACGAUCACAGACAGAUUUAUCACAAUGCCUCGCGGUGGUGAAGUCGAUUUCCACUUUAACAUGAAUCUGCCUUUGCUGUGCUUCGAUGGGCAACCGUGCAAUCUCGAGAUCAAGGUGUAUGACGAAAGCGAUGACUACACAUGUCAGGACUCAACGCUUGCCGUUAAAUCUAACAGAACUUGUGGAGAUUUUGUAAGUGGCAUCAAGUCAAUUAGGUAUAUUGACAACUUCGAAAAAGAGCGUUCCAUGAGACUGACGACGAAGAACAACAACAAGUACUCACUCAGAGAUGUGUUCUCACUCACAUUGGAAAUAGAAUCGGAGGGCGCUGUGGACUCGUUCUGGAACAACUGCUAUCUCACAGAACAAGUGCAUGUCUUUGUGAGAGACAUCGAUACUUACUGGAAAGGGGUUUACUGUUACACGAAUAACGAUCCCAGGAUAAUGACGUUUGACGGACAGUAUUACAGUAUGCAGCUUUCUGGGGAGUUCACGCUCUACAGACACAAGUAUUACAAGCUGGAAGUUCAGAUCCAAACUCAGCCCUGCUGGCCGGGAGGUUGGGCGACGUGCACUUGCGGAGUGACCGUUCGGGCCGGACGUGACGUUUACACGGUGACUCACUGCGAGAACAUGCACAUUAUCGAAUGGAUAGACCUCUCCGACGAUGUUCUAGAAGUGUACAUCGAGCCCGGAUACAUGCAUAAGUUUUACCUUCCCCAUGGUACAAUUGUGGAUGCCACAUACUACAUCAGCCCCUGGUGGUCAACGAUGAGCGUGUACGUGUACCCGUCACCCAACGAGAUGGGUCAAGUGGAGGGACUGUGUGGAACGUUUAACGGCAACUGGAAGGAUGACUUCCUACACAGCGACGGUAGCACGACUGAGAGCCCGGACAACGACUGGGGAUUUUGGUGGUGGUGGCGCUGGGGCGGCAAUCCUGAUGUUUUCUCACAGUCUUGGAGCGUUCCAGAUGAAAGGUCCCUUCUAAACCUCGAUUACGUCAAAACACUGGAACCGUGGCAAGAAGCAGAGCGAAUGUGCGUCUGUCCACUGAUUGUUAACAAGAGGGAGAAAUGGUGCAAUAAGAACGAAGACAAAACAUGUGUGGAGUACAUAUAUAAGAAACGCGGCAAGAGGAUACAAAAGAUUCUUCGCGAUGAACGCUCAGUGGAUGAAUUCAAUUACCGAGAAGAAUCGGACAUUAAAGAGAGGUUACUGAAACUGAGGACAUCGAGGAAAGAGAGCAGUGCGUCCAGAGUGAAGAGAGAGACGAGCAAACCUGACCCUGCGGCGUUUGAGGCGGCAUACAACCAGUCGAAGGCGGAAUGCGAGGAGUAUCUAAAGGAGAACUGUGACUCCGAUCUGGCCAAUGUCGUGUCCCCUCGCAACAAAAAACAAGCCAGCUCCUGCGCAGAGGACAAAAUGUUCGAUGUUAACGCCGCUGGUCCUGAGGAAAGCACCUGUCGCAAUAUGAAAGCAUCCGCCAUGAUGGUCGUGGAGAAAGAUGUAGUCUUUCAAGAGCGGAACCCUGAGAAGGCAGAGAUGUUCACAAAAUCGUGCCCUGACGCAUGCCACAACAACGGCAAUUGUUCAAAUGGUACAUGCUUAUGUAACGAACACUUUGACCCUGAGUCCAACUGCAAGCUUGAUCUUCGGAAUGCCCCGGACAUCAUCGAAGUGACGGGAGGCGGAAACUGUAAUCCACGUGACAAAGCGUGUCACUACAUCCGUUUUACUACAAAGCACGGUUGCAGUAACACCACAGUGUGCUCCAUAUCUUUCAAACAGUACAAGACUGACGGUACAUCGACCGACUCCAUGGUUACAACUGUACCCGCCAACUGCCCUAACAACUUUGACGCCUACUGUCCAACCACAGUGCAGAGCAGGAAAAGGCGAGAAGUCGACGAUGGAAACCCGGUCAUCGCAGAAUCGUACAACGUGUCGCUCAGCAAUAAUAACGAAACAUUCAGUGAGCCAAAUACUGUGACGGUGCUGGACACGACCUGUGUGGAAAUAGUCGAAGGAAAAGCCCAGCUGACCCCACAAUACUGUCUCGUAGAUAACGUUUGCUAUGGAAAUUACACUGAUAUAGAUGAUUGCCAUACAUGCGACCCAGCAGUAAAGAAGUUUUCUUGGACACUCAAGACCGGUACGUGUGAUAUAGGUGGAACAUGUUAUCAGGCCGGUAACAUUUCAACCACAAACUGUGCAAUGGAGUGUAACCCGACCGCGGACAAGUAUUCAUGGACUCAGAGGACGGACGUCUGCAGUGUUGAAGGUCAAUGUCAUGACGACGGCGACAACAAGUCAUCACCAGAGGAGUGUCUCUAUUGCGACGUCCGGGUGAACCAAUUCUCGUGGACGCAAAGGGAGGGAUAUUGCUUGAUAGAAAAUGCAUGUUACGAGAAUGGGACAUCUUCGACCCUGCCCUGUCAGUACUGCCAUGUAAACAAAUCCGACGGCGCUUGGACAUUGGAGGACGGCUAUUGUUUCAUUGCCGGCGAGUGUUUUCCCCAUGAAGCUGUAAACCCAACUGACGACUGUCACUACUGCGACGUUUCCAUGGAUACACAGAAAUGGCAACGAAAUACCAAUAUUUCUGAAUGCCAGGAACAGGAAGACAAUGACGACAACACUGUUGGUGUGGCAAUCGGAGCCGCCAUUGGUGUUUCUGUCGCUAUAGCAGCGGCAUUAGCAGGUGGAUUCUUCCUGCACAAACAUCUGCAAGCAAAAAAAGCCGCGAACGUCUUGCAUGCUAGAGCGACGGGUUCCUUGUUCGAAGGCCCGAAGAAAACUGUAUUCAAGUUCAGGGUGGAACCGGCCCCUUCGGCACUAAUCCAAAACCUGACCUUAAAUGAGCUUGACCUUCAAGGUCGUCGCGCUGCUUCUCCUCGGCCUGCUAAUACCGAGCACUACCAUGAGGACCUUUCCAGCCCGUGUUAAACAUCACAAUUGACAGUUAAAAUCAUAACGUUAUUUGAUUUAUUUUAUUCUUUAAUAGUUUAAACUCGCAAUUUAUAUUUGUCGUAAAAUAAAGCAAACACGUGUGGAUGAUUAUCCACAUAAAAUUGAAUACAUUAAUUGGCUUACAUUAGAUUAUUUUUUCAAUAGUAACGGAACCUGACACAAAAACUGUUUUGGUAUUUAGUGAACUAUAAAUUGUUCUACUAGUUAACUUUAGCGUGUGCAUUAUUAUUUAAUUUAGAGGUUUAUAUUAUUGAUUGAUUUUGCUAUUUUAUACUUUUUGUUGUUGUGUAUUUUUAUCUUGAUUUUUAUGAACUAAUCUGUGUGAUCUAUUUCAUGUAUUUUUAUCGCCGAAACAAUCUAAUAAUCUUGCGUGUAUGUUGUUUUAUUUUAUGCCAUUCAAUAAGUUAAGAUUAAAUAUAUUGUUUUAUUCUUGUAGGUACAUGAUUGUUGAUAAGGUAAACUAUGGUUAAUUAGUAUUGUUUAAAUUAAUACCCGUUUACUGUAAAUGUUAUACAAACUGAGACCAGAAUUGUAAAAUCAAGAGUUUUCAAAUGUUAUGUUUUUAUAUUUUGCAGAUAAAUUUAUCACACUAAUAAA